GGGGCCUGGCGGGAGUAGAGGCGGUGCUUCGAGCUAAUGGGGUGGGGAGCUGGGUAAAGGGGCAGGAGCCGAGCUGAGGAGAAUUAGUGACACAUCCGGCGCUGAAAGGAGUGGGUGGUGUGAGUGGCAGAGUAGAGUGAAGGCUGUGUCCUACAGACUCCGGCACCAUGAACAUGUUUGAUCGGAAGAUCAACUUUGAUGCGCUCUUAAAAUUUUCCCACAUCACACCUUCUACACAGCAGCACCUGAAGAAGGUCUAUGCCAGUUUUGCCCUCUGCAUGUUUGUGGCAGCCGCCGGCGCCUAUGUCCACGUGGUUACCCAUUUCAUUCAGGCUGGCUUGCUCUCAGCCUUGGGUUCUUUGGGAUUGAUGAUAUGGCUGAUGGCAACACCACACAGUCAUGAAACUGAGCAGAAGAGAUUGGGCCUUCUGGCUGGAUUUGCUUUCCUUACAGGAGUUGGUUUGGGCCCUGCCCUGGACUUAUGCAUUGCCAUCAACCCCAGCAUCAUUCCCACCUCCUUCCUUGGCACAGCAAUGAUUUUCAGCUGCUUCACCUUGAGUGCACUCUAUGCUAGGCGUCGCAGCUACCUCUUCCUAGGAGGUAUCUUGAUGUCGGCCAUGAGCCUGAUGCUGUUUUCCUCCCUCGGGAACCUCUUCUUUGGAUCUUUUUGGCUCUUCCAGGCUAAUCUGUAUGUGGGGCUGGUGGUCAUGUGUGGCUUUGUCCUUUUUGAUACUCAACUCAUAAUUGAAAAAGCUGAGAAUGGAGAUAAGGAUUACAUCUGGCACUGUGUUGACCUCUUCCUGGAUUUUGUCACCCUCUUCCGGAAACUUAUGAUGAUCCUAGCAAUGAAUGAAAAGGACAAGAAGAAAGAGAAGAAGUAAGACAACUGUUCAGCCUUCCCCUCUUUGGCUCCCUUCCCUCAUCCUCUCAUUUCCUCUUUGCACACAUUACAGGUGGCGUGUUCUGUGAUAAUGAAAAAAGCAUCAGAAAA